AUGGAAGACACUCCAAUCACCCUUCCUCAUUGGGUAGUCUCUGUCUCUGGAUGGUCGGCUCUCUUUUCUGCUCUAAUCAUUUUUAUCUCCAUUUUCAUGCAUCUUCUCAACUACCGAAAACCGUUUCAACAGCGGCUCAUGAUCCGCAUCCAACUUAUUGUGCCCAUGUUUGCCUUGUCGUGUUAUUCCAUGCUUGUGAAUCCUACGGCGGUGUAUAAUAAAUUCAUCAUCGAGCCUCUUCGAGAGAUUUACGAAGCGUUUGUCAUCUACACUUUUUUCUCACUACUUACGGACAUGCUAGGAGGAGCGAAAAGCAUUGUGAUCAUGACCAGCGGGAGGCCUCCUGUUGCCCAUCCGGGGUUUUUGCGCUUUAUCUUGCCGAAACUUGACAUCCUGGACCCAAGGACGCUUCUAGGCAUCAAAAGAGGCAUUUUGCAGUAUGUUUGGCUCAAACCCUUCAUUUGUUUCGGUGUCCUUCUUCUGGAGAUGCUAGGGUGGUACGACGUCAAUGACUUGGGACUCAAAUCGCUCUAUUUGUGGUUUACUAUCGUCUACAACUUCAGCGUCUCGCUCUCGCUCUAUUGUCUUGCCAUUUUCUGGAAGAUCUUGUGGACAGACUUGAAGCCCUUUAACCCUGUGGGCAAGUUCCUCUGUGUCAAGCUCAUCAUUUUUGCAUCUUACUGGCAGGGUGUUUUGCUUGCAGUGCUCAACUUUGCUGGUUUCUUGCCGGGCAAUAGUUCUGAGGAUGAAAAUGGAGCUCCCAACAUUGGUGUUUCGAUCCAAAACGCUCUUUUAUGCUGCGAGCUUAUAGCAUUUGCGUUUGGCCACUGGAUGUCCUUCUCGUAUAAGCCGUUCACCAUCUCGCGCAUGCCUAGUGGACGUUUACGGCUCUAUUACGCUUUCAAAGACAUGAUUGGCAUCAAGGACCUUGUGAUUGACUUCCGCCUCACUUUCUAUGGCGACUACUACAAGGACUACAAGCAAUUUGACUCUGUGGACGCAAUGAUCGCUCAUCCUACCUCUAAGUCCAGAAUGAGUAGAAUCAAUCAAGGUCUCCGAUAUCAACCCAACGGAAAACAGAAGCACUGGUUGCCUCUGCCAACAAUCCCCACGGCCAUCAACUCGGAUAUUCAAAGUACAUCGGAGAUCAAUGCGCUUCCGCCUCGUGCGGUGUAUGCUGAUUCCAUAUAUCUGGCAAGCUCCACGAAAGGUUUAGCACCUUCGGUCCAGCUUUCACCUCCAGGAUCGCCGUCCUUGGAGUCACAGGCGAGACACGAUGGUGAAAAUAUAGUGGAUGCAUUGGCACGGGCAGUGCCGGAUAUCGAUUAUUCAGAAGAAAACUUAGAUGAAGAUGAACUUUACUAUGGCGUGGCGGCGCAGGUUGUGAACAACUACAAUUUAGACCAGACAGAGGUCAAGCAGUUGAUUAAUUAUCCUAUAGUGGAUGAGCUUGUGGGCGGCCACGAGUAUGGGUACAAGGUGCAAAAGUUGCGGGCGAAACGACUUCAGAAUCAGUUGAAUGUUUCUCGUGGCGAGGGUUCAAGUACAUAUGGAAGUGUUAAUUAA